CAGUACUUGGUCUCCGACUGAUGACGUAUCACGAGUACACGAGAACGCAAGUACGCACAAGUACGCGUAUUGAUAAACGCCCGUGGAAUGGAAGCGGCAGAGCGAGCCACUGCCCCUUCCAUCAGUUUUCUGCCGUUUCUUUGUGAGCGAGGAAAUCGAAACAGUUAAAAGUUAUAUCUGCUGCCAACAAGAGAAGAAUCAUGGUUCAAGCCAAGCUCUGGGCAAUGACUAAACACUUUGACGGCUUCCCCAAAAACAGUGACUUUGAGCUGAAGGUGGAGGAGCUCCCAGAGCCUAAAGAUGGAGAGGUGCUUCUGGAAGCUGAGUUUCUCAGUGUCGACCCGUACAUGAGGCCGUUCAGCAGAUUUCGCAUGAAGGAAGGAGAUGUGAUGAUUGGAACUCAGGUGGCCAAAGUGAUCCAGAGUAAAAAUCCAGCGUUUCCUGUGGGAAGCCACGUUGUGAGUAACAGUGGGUGGAGAACCCACACACUCAGUGAUGGGACCGGCCUCAUUCCCGUCCUGUCUGAGUGGCCUAAAGAUGUGUCCCUGUCUCUGGCUCUGGGUACCAUCGGGAUGCCUGGACUGACGGCUGUUUAUGGGAUAGAGGAAGUGUUGGGACUCCAGAAGGGUGAGACCCUGCUGGUGAACGCUGCAGCUGGAGCGGUGGGCUCCGUGGUGGGACAGAUCGCCAAGAUCAAGGGCUGUAAGGUGGUGGGCUCGGCGGGCUCUGAUGCCAAAGUGGCUUACCUCAAAGAGCUGGGAUUUGAUGAGGCCUUCAACUACAAAACUGUGGGUUCCCUGGAGGAGGCUCUGAGGAAGGCUUCACCUGAAGGAUACGAUUGCUUCUUUGAAAACGUGGGAGGUUCUUUUUCAACUGCUGCUCUGGAGCAGAUGAAGAACUGUGGAAGAAUAGCUGUGUGUGGAAGUAUCUCCACCUACAAUGACAGUGAACCACAGACAGGUCCGUAUCCCUACUUCACCAUGAUCAUAAAGCAGCUGAAGAUGGAGGGUUUUAUGCAAAGCAGGUGGCAGCACAAGCACCCUGAAACCCUCAAGAGACUGUUAGCAUGGGUGAAAGAGGGCAAACUGCAGUGUCGGGAGCACGUCACAAAAGGCUUUGAAAACAUGCCGGCUGCUUUUAUGGGGAUGCUGAAGGGAGAAAACACCGGCAAGGCCGUCGUCGCAGUCUGAAGAGUUCAAUGCAAGACAGCCAGCAUUACUGAAAACUGCCAUUAUUACACAAUCUAUGAAUUAAAGAAGGAUCGAUCAAUAACCAUACAGUUAACAGAAUAAUUUCACAUUAACAUUUCACUAUUUUUUUUUUUUUUGUGUACUCCUAUAUAUAGUAAUAGCAGUUAAGCGACUCUGGGACACUUUAGUCAUUCAAAGAAAUAGGAUUUCUAAUCGAAAAGCAUUAGUUCAUAAAUGUAAAAUAGUACAUUGAAUUUGUGAUUCAAGUUUACAUUUAGACUGUUUGUGUUUCACCACCAUCUUCAUCGUUCAGGAGCGUCUGAAACCUGAAUGAAAUUUUACUCAAGAAAAAGGAAAACGGUGAUUAGUCAAA